AUGGCGACACCCGACGCCGACCCAGAAUUCCUCGCGCUCUCAGACCGGCAGCGGCGACAGGUCGACCGCGCAUUCAGCCGCGGGCUGCGGUUAGCCGGCGGACGGCGGCCGGCCAAGCGGCGAAAAGUCGACACUGGGCGGGCGGCCUCGGCGGCGGCGUCAACAUCCAACCUCGAUGGCGGCGGGUUCGUCGACGACGGUGGGGGCUUUAUCGACGACGGUGGUGGUGGUGGUUUCCUUCCUGACAAUGGCGGCGGCUUCGUCGACGAUGGCGGCGGCUUCUUGCCCGACGACGGUGGUGGAUUUAUCGCGGACGACGACAGCGGCGGCUUCGUUCCAGACUCAGGACCGUCCACGGUCCCCGCAACACCAGCGGCGACCGAGACCGUCCCACUGCGCUUCAUCCCCGCGCUCCUCUCCUCCCUAUCCCUGCCAGCCGACGACGACGUGCUGGCCGUGUUCCGCGCCUCAGCGUCGGGAUGGGACGCCAAGCCGGGCGAGGAGGUCGACCCGGCUGUGGGGCUGAAGGAUUUCCGCGCAGUGUGCGCGGCGCUCAUGGAGCCCGAGGAGGACGACGGAGAGGCGAUGGACGUCGAGCCAUCAAGCGACGACGGGAGCUCGGAUAACUUUGAGCUCUCCGAGCUGAGCGACGCGCCGAGCGAGGACGACGACGACGAUGACGACGGCGAGUACGGCCGCCCCAAGCCCGCACGGCGGACGCGCAGGACGGCCGCGCUGGAAGUCACCCGCAUCAAGCUCAACCCGCACCAGCGCGAAAUGGCCCGCGAUAUCUGGGGCAUGCUCAAGCCGACUGCAAGUGGUCCUGGGUCGGGUAUCCUCGGCCGCGACGAGGUCAAGCGCUGGGCCCGGGAGCUGGGCGAGAUGUGGUCAGAUGACGAGAUCACCGACAUGGUGCAGCUCUUCUCGAGCCAGCACGAGGGGCGUGGGCUGACUUUUGAGGACUUCGGGAUCGUGAUGGUGCGCGCGGGGCUCGUGUAACGUUGUGCAUAUGUAUUGUUAUGGGUCAUGUUUGCGGCUGGCGUACGUGGGAGCCGAUGAUGUACACAUGUACCUUCGAU